AUGAAAAUGGACCUUGACGGUGAAGACGAAACCGUACCUUUGGCUUCGAGUUCAGCCAAAAAACCCUGGGAGAAACGUACACUUAAUUCCCUCCUCAAGGAAUCAGCAUUUGAUAUCAUAAGGUUCUCGUCAAGGAGAACCCUGGAACAAAAACGUUUUAUAUACGUCGUGGAAUCCGAAGGAGGACAGCUUUUGGAACCCACGAAUCAAGCGGAGUUUUCAGUUCCAAAGUUACCAAACCUUCCAAAUAGGCUAGAGCCUAUCCAAGGUGUAGUAGCUUUUGAUGGAGAAUCAACAAUCAUACUGUUGAAAUAA